CCCCUAAGGCGGAGGCCCCAACCGCGCCGCCCUGCCGUGCAUGAGCACUUGCUGCAACAAACGUGCAACGCAUGCACCGCGGGAUCAUUUCGGGACGCAGCGUCGCCGCUGGAAGGCUCUGCUGAAAGAGAAAGCGAAAACUGAGAGCGGAGGGGAGCCGCUCGACGAAGAAGAGUGAGGGGCGGCUUAAAAUGGGCGACGAGGCGGACCCGGGCGAGCGGGAGCGCAGCCUGCAGCGCUUCUACGCGGACAAGGUCUUCCUCCUGGGGGACAAGGGCUGGAGGGUGUGGAAGAACUCCUCCUUGACGAAGGACACGGUGGAAAGGAUGGCGAGGUGGGCCGCGGAGUCCAGCCACGGGCUCUUCUGGAAGCCCCCCGUGCCCGUGGGGAGCUUCGCGGAGGGGCUGCACCUCCAAGAAGCGGAGGACUGCAACGGCUUCGACUACCUCGUCCCGGUGCGGUACAACCCCAAGCUGGCGCUGGUCAGCGGGCGAGGCGGCGGCGGCGGCGCCGCGGGGGCCGCCCGCGCUCUCGAGCGGAGGCUGCCCACCUACAUCUUCCGCGAGAAAGGCGUGCCUGUCCUGCACCGCGGCAACCGCCUCCUCGUGGACCUCGAGCUCCUGGGAGAGGUGUACGUGGACAUCUACUGUGAGCCGCAAGGCCCGGAGGAGGAAGAGGAAGAGUUCAUCAUUCCGGAUCGCCUCGAUGAGUGCCAGAAGAGCAUCACCCAACACAACCUUGACCCAGUUCAAAUCCUGAAGGAUUUCCACCACUGUAUAGAAAUAUCCUUGGAUCCAGCGUACACCCAUCCUCAACAAAAUGAUCCUGUUUUCCAGAGAAGGCUUUUCCCCUCCCGAGUCCCCAAGAUGCACAAGAUUAGAGAGAAAAUAAGAUUAGAGGCCUUAGAUUUGGAGGGACCAGGGAUCGAGCUGGCCUUUGAUGAAGGAGUUGAAACUGUCCCAGUGAAGCUGGUGCCUGCUAUUCAGGGAGUCAUCAAGCUCUCCAACCAAUGGAUAAGGGAAGACCUCACCCAUCUUUCUGACUGGUGGGAUGGAGACCUGACCAAUGAGAAGAAAAACUUCCUCCGGAAAGCAAGGGCUCUUUGGGAACUUGGGCCAGAGCUGGUCGCCAAGGGAGGAUUUUGGAGGCUCUCUUUCAGCCGUGUGGAGGCCACGCUUAUUGAAGAUGUUGAUGCUGAUGAAGGGCAGAGGCGGCCAGCUUUGAGACUGCUGAAGUUUGUCAACAAGACAAGAUGGACCCCCGAGUAUGGCAAAAUCCUGACUUCCUACCAUCUCAAGACCAUUUUGCUGUGGUGCUGUGAAAUUUAUCCACAGAAGGCACAGUGGGAAACUCUGCUGUCUGCACUGCAAGCCCUUCUGGCAAUCCUAAAGCACACACUCACCAAAAGAAGGCUCCCUCACUACUUCCUGGCGCCUGUCAACCUUUUCAGCAGGUGCUACAAAUCCAACAACGCCAUCUAUCGGCCCUUGGCCUUGGAGGCCCUUUGCCAUGAGGCAGAAGCCAUGCUGGCUGAUCCCGUGGGAUACUUAAUGCCGGAUCUUGAGCUGCCGGACUGUGUCAGCCCAGAAUACGAGGAGAAGAUGGCAGCCCUGCAGGAGUUCAAGCAAAAACAUCAAGAAGAGCUGAAGGAGCUGAAAAGGAUGGAGGAUGAACAUAUGUAUGAGGAGGCAGAAAUCUCUGAGGAAGAGGACUGUGUCAAUCCAAUGUAAAGAACUAAGAAAUUAAUGGCUACACUUUUGUUUCCAUGACACAGAGGUGGCAAUCCUGCCCGAGCUUUCCCACAACUUAAAGCAGGCUGGGCCACUGCCAACUUUCCUGAUGUUUUAGCCUACAACUCCCAUCAGACCUGGAGAGCACAGCCUGUGAUAACAGUUGUAGCCCAAAACAUUUGGGGGACCACAAGUUAUCUCACUUUUCAUGGAGACAAAGCCUCCACCCCUCACAGUCGCAGGGUGAAUGCCUGAAAGCAUGACCAGCUGGCCAAAGAUCACAAAAAAGCUUCAGACAGCAAAAACACCCUAAACAACUUGUCUUCACACUUACUCGUUCCACCAGCCCAACACAGCUAGUGUGGUCUAUUGAUUAGAGAAGCCUUCCCCAAACUUGGUGUCCUCCAGUUGUGCUGGACUACAAAUCCCAUGCAACUGAAAUCUGAUCCAGAAAAGACAGGUACCUUGAGUUGGGAAACCAACUUACCCAGGGUGGAGGUUACAACUGGACUUAGAUAAGGUUGUAGUCCCUUCCCAAAUGUGUGGGCUUAAACGUCCUCAUGCACUCUGCAUCAGGUGGGAAGGCCCAAGUGACUGGGAUGCCCAGGAAUGUUUUUCACCAGUGCAGGCUAGUACUCCAGCUGCAGCCCUACCUGGAAAGGACGCGACUUGCCUCACAAACCUAUGUCUGUAAAACAUCCAGGCGUUGUACAUGGGGCUGCCUUUGAAGACAGUCCAGAAACUGCAGCUGGUGCAGCAAGGGGUUGUGGGAGGCAAGACAACUGGAUCAAAUAAACUGAUCGGUAUAAAUUGAUUAUA